GGGAGUUGACGACGUGCUCUCUCGGGCGCCUGAGGGGUGCAUUGCAGUACACGUACUGUCGGUCUCCAUGGGCCUUCGGUUCCCUCUGCACCCCUUCCUCCGGGAGUACCUGAGGUUUGUUGGCUUGGUACCCUGCCAGCUGACACCUAAUAGCCACUCCUACGUGGCGGGUUUUUUAAACCUCUGUAGGGACCGAGGGGUGACCCCCAGCCUGGACUUGUUCUUCCAGAGCUUCAACCUCUGUCGAGGGGGUCACGCGAAUGCCGAGGGCUUCGCCAACCUGCAGCAGGUGGCCAGGUGGAAGCUGUUUACGGAGGCGCCUUCGUCCAAUAAGGGCUGGAAGGAGCGCUGGUGCUAUGUCAGGGUUGCUGAGAACCCAUUUCCGGCGGAACUUCGGGAUCGCUUCCGUCGGCAUCCGAAGGUUGGAAGCGCCGCCCUCGAAAAAGAUGGCCUGGUGAUAGCCAAAAUCCCGGAGGGUCGCACAAAGCAGGUCUCCAUCAAAGACCAUACUGCCGACAAGGGAUUCUACGCCCUCGGCUUUCGGAGAUACCGAUUUAUUGGGGAAUCGGACGAGAAGUACCCCAUUUUUGCUGAGGCCUUCGGGGGAACAAGAGGUGUCCCAGUGAAAAUGAUGAACGUCAGAGGCCUUGCAGACCUGAAGAAGAAAAAACCCUCCAAGUGCCCGAGGGGGACGGACGCCGGUGUCCCAAAACCCGCCGGUGACUUCUUCAAAAAACCGGAGGGGCCGUCGGUGGGCCCAAGUGCUGAUGCUGCCGCUGCCGCCAAAAGGAAGGGCUCGGGCAGAGAUCCCGAGGGCAAGAAGCCCAAGACCGGGGAUGCUGGGAAGAAAGUCCCCCCGGUGAUCAUUGUUGAUGAAGGCCCUGUCUCCGGGGCGAAUGAGGACAUGCAGGUGGCGAAAGUGCCGCCGGGAGUUCAGGGGCCAUCUUCCGAGGUCCUCAUGGUUUCCCUCCCGGCUGGUACGGCCGUGAUGAACGGUACGGCCGACCCGAGGGCGCUUCUGAGAGGCAUCACCCUCGAGAUUGACAGAGUAGCCCUCGGGGCUGAUGAAGACGAAGCCCUCGAGGACAGGAUCCUCCGGUCUUCCCUCACAACCUGCAUUGCCCUCGGGGAGCAAGCCCGGCGGCUAGAUGAGUGGCGCCUUCGCAAGGCCAAGCAGGAGGCCAAGAUGCGGGAGCUCAUCCGCCAGAAUGCAGACGCUGUUCGACAGAUGGCUAUGCUGGAGGAGAGCCUUCGGCAGAUGACCCUGCGGGCGGAGGCCGCAGAUCGGGGUAGGGCAGAAGCCGAGAGGUCCGCAGCUGAGGCCUUGGAGAGAGCUGUCAAGGAAGCCGAGGCCGCGAAGGUGGAAGCCGUCGAGAGAGCCCGAGGGGACGCAAUCUCGGGGUUCUUGGCAGGGGGGGUGGCGGUCCGAGGAGCACAAGCAAUGGCUGUCCUCGGUCGUCGAGUCCUCGGUCGACGAGUGGUGUGAUGGGCCUGGCGUGGAAUGGGUUUCCCGAAAGGGUAAACAAUACUAUGAUGGGGGCGAGUUUUUACUCAAGCCCUCAUCUACCGGAGGAUGGCUCGCCACUUAAAGAUCGAGCCAAAGGACUUUGACCCGGCAGCAUACGGGCUCCCCCCUGCAGCCAGACAUCCGCGUUCCUCUUCCCCCCGAUGUCGAGAGGCCAGACCUGGAGGACUCUGAGCUCAUGAAGGAAGCCGAGGGCGACGAACCUGAGGCCGACGCAGAAGUCACCUCGAAGCCAUCGGGGGAGGCGGCCCCCGGGAAUGACAUUAUUUGAUAUGUAUUUUGUAUUAUGUAAACACGUAUUUGUAAUGGUGACAUUAUUCAUCCUUCGGCUUCGGCCUGCUUGUAACAUUUAUUCGUAUUACAUUUGCCCUCUGUUUGUUGAUGAUUGAAUGAUUGCCUUCGGGCUGUGUUUAUAUGACUCGUUUUCUCCAAUUCCUUUCUUCUUGAAUGUAUGCCUCCG